AUCAAACAUAUCUUUUCAGAUGAGUGAGGAAGAGUUGUCAGAUUUGGAGCCUAUCAACCUUUUCAGUGUCUGUCUAAUCCAAUUUGGAAAACCUGUUUGAAUUCAAGUGUAAACAAUCAGGUGCUGUUUUCACAUUUGGAAAAAGCAAAUUUGCAGAAAAUAUUCCUACCAAGUUCUGGUUUAAAAAUGACAAGCCUUUGUAUAUAUCAUGUGGAGAUGAACAUACUGCUAUUGUUACAGGAAAUGGUAAACUUUACAUGUUUGGCAGCAAUAACUGGGGCCAGUUAGGACUAGGAACAAAGAAUACUAUCAACAAGCCAACUUGUGUGAAAGCUUUAAAACCAGAAAAAGUUAAACUUGCUGCUUGUGGGAGAAACCACACUUUAGUUUACACAGAACAAGGACACGUAUAUGCUGCUGGAGGUAACAGUGAAGGACAGUUGGGAUUAGGUGACACAGAGGAAAGAAGCACGUUUCGUCUAAUAAGUUUUUUUACCAACCAGUACAAGAUCAAACAGCUGGCAGCUGGAUCUUACACAUCAGCAGCAUUAACUGAGGAUGGGCAGCUUUUCGUGUGGGGUGACAAUUCUGAAGGUCAGAUUGGCCUGGCUGGUGAAGCCAGUGUAUGUGUACCUUGUCAAGUGGAUGUUGGAAAGCCGGUUUCCUGGAUCUCCUGUGGAUACUAUCACUCUGCUUUGGUAACAAGAGAUGGUGAGCUCUACACUUUUGGAGAGCCUGAGAAUGGGAAGCUGGGUUUGUUGCCUGAACAACUGAAAAAUAAUAGGGUUCCACAGCCUGUUCCUGGAAUUUUAGAAAGAGUUAAUAAGGUUGCUUGUGGGGGAGGACAUACAGUGGCACUUACAGAAACAGAUGUAUAUACCUUUGGCCUUGGACAAUAUGGGCAACUUGGACAUGGUACAUUUAUUUUUGAAACCUCAGUACCAAAAGCUGUGGAAUAUCUGAAGAAGCAUAAAAUAUGUAACAUUGCAUGUGGGGAAAAUCAUACAGCUGUAAUAGCAGACAACGGCCUUAUGUUUACUUUUGGAGAUGGGCGACAUGGCAAAUUAGGACUUGGAGAAGAGAAUUUUACUAAUCAAUUCAUACCCACCUUAUGUUCUAAUUUCUUGAGGUUUACAGUCUAUUUGGUUGCUUGUGGUGGCUGUCACAUGCUAGUUUUUGCCACUCCAAGGCCUAACGGAUCUGAAGAAAUACUGAAAAAUUUACAUGAAAACUGUUUGUCUGCUACUAUCUCUGAACCAGGUGGUGAUUCAUUAGUAACCAACACCUUGCAGAGAACGUUAUCUGCCCGAAUGCGACGGAGAGAGAGGGAAAAAUCUCCAGAACAGUUUUGUCGAAUGCUGCGAACAUUACCUCCAUUGGGAGAAGACUCCCUAAAACCUUCUUUACGUGCUAGCAGCAACACUGUCCCAUUCAGUUUAUCCACUGCAAACUAUCCUGAUGUCACAGAAGCAAAUAAAAAAAAACCUGUGGACUGUGAAACAGAGGACGAGAAGCAAGAAAAAGAUAAACCUGAAGAAAGUACCACAGAGGAAGAAUCAGAUAAUGAAAAUGAUGACCGAAGCCUUGGAAACACAACUGAUGUGCUAAAUAUGACACAUGUGAUGAGACUGAAUCCCAGUGACCAAUCCUUAAAAUUAUCACCAGUUCAAAAGCAAAAGGAUUGGAAAACUUCAGAAGAUGAAGAGACAGAUGACGAUGAUGAAGAAAUAACAGACAAAGAAGAAAAAGAGGAAGAGGAGGAGGAGGAGGAGGAGGAGGAAGAAGAGGAGGAGGAAGGUGAUGAGGAUGAUGGGAAAGUGCAUGAAAAUGAGGACCAUCACAGUAAAACACUUGAGGGAGAAAGAAACACCACCACUGUGGAAACCAUAGAGGAAGAAAAAAACGCCCAAGAAGAUAAAAUACUUCAGCAAGAGAGAGAGAAUACCAACACUAAUCCUGAGAAUAGUUCUUCAAGGACAAUUUCACAGAGUAGUGAUGACAGAGUAUCUGGAGGAAUCCUUGGAAGGACUAAAAAGUUUUCUCUGUUUAAGCAAAAGUCGUUGACAAGUCAGAAAAAUGUACAUAACAGCAAUGAAGGGAAAUCUGAAAAGCCACUCCACGGUGAAAAGGAAAAAGGAAAGGAAGCAGAUUUACCUGCUGACAACAGGAAAGAUGAAAACCAGAAUCACACUACAGAGAAUCCUAAGGAAACUCCAGCAACCCAGGGCAGAAAGCCCUCUACUUGUAUAAUACUGUGAUGCUGUCAGAAUAUAUAUUUGACAGACUGCAAGCACGUUGCAAUUUUUACUUGAAAACAAUUAUGACUUCUUAUUGUUACAGAUGACAGAUUUUUUUAAAAAAUGAUUAUGUUGUUUGCCUUGGUUUUGGUAUUUAUUUCUAUUGAUAAUUUUAGUAAUUGAAACUGAUAAGCUUAUCAGAAUUUUACUGAAGUGUGUUGUGGCCUUAAUGUUGAAAUAAAAAUAUAUUUUUGUAUGUGAAAAGUUGGAUUCAGGAAUUUUAAUGAUGUUUGCUAAAUAAUUUUAUCCUAUUCUUGAAUUUACAUGGUACCUCUCUGAUAUGAUGCAGAGCUGUAAAUAGGUACUGUAAUGCAUUAUUUUGUUUGGAAAAAUAGCUAAGAACAUUAUUUAGAAAUUAAGACGUUUAUUGAGCCAUUUAGAAAUCCUCUGUCUUGCUCAAUUUUGAAAUAGAAAGAUAGCAAUAAAGUAUUUAAAAAUAUGGGCCCUGAUUCAGUAAGGUACUUUCAGCAUGUGCCUAGCUUUAUGCCUAUGUAUAGUUCCAAUGAAGUCAAUGAGGUGCCUAACUGAAAGUAAUGUGUAUGUGCUUUAUGUAUCUGGUCAAAUCAGGGCUUCACAGAAAAACUACUCAUUUUUUAGAUAUACUGAGUGCCUUCAGCUCUUGUUAACUCUCACUGACAUAACUCUCACUGAUUUUAUGUUAGAGAAGAAACAGGUGACCCAGGAGCAGAUGGGGUAAACAGAACUGCUUUACUGUCCACGCAUGUUUAUCUUGGACAUUCAACACAACGUCCGAAUGGCAACAAACUGGCAUCAGUCAUACUCUUUUAUCUAUUUUAGUAUGUUAAUUCACAUGUCUAUCACUGCUUUUCCUAAAAUCUUAUUUAGUAAUGUUAACUCCCAUAAAAUGAAUAUUCAUAAGCAAAUAAUGAAUACAAUUAUACCCACCCCUAAUUACUAUUUAUAUAAUUUCUAAUUAAAUCAACACCUGCUUCUGUACUACAAACUUUCUAAAUCAACAGGUUACAGAGAUUACAAGGAAUUUGACCCUGAAGAUGUGUUAUACAGAGCCAAUGAGGACAAGCAAAAACAACAAAAUAAAGCAAUUCUAUACUUAUCUGGUUUCUUAGGCUACAACAACAAAGAGAAAGAACAUGUUUAUACAUCAGAAAGGAAAAUACUGGUUUUGACAGGACUCUUCCCAAACUACAAAAAAAUAAAAGGAAAAAGCAUGUUUAAAAGGUAAUGCUGUGGCUGACCCCUGAAUUACUAAUGUAGAGCAAUUUCAGACCUCUAUUAAUUUUUUACAUAUCCCAACAAGUUGUUGAGGGGAUUUGCAUCCAUGUAGAAUCAAGGCCACGGCAGAUAAAAAUAAAAUCAAUUGCCAAUAUUACCAUUUUACCAUUUCAUUGGGGGCCUAAUCCUGCAUUCCUUAAGCACCCAAAUCUUUAUUCUACUGUAGUAGAGGUGGAGUUUUUUUGUAUGUUUUUUAGCAAGACAGACUACAGCAUCAGAGACCCUUAAUUAUGUUUACAUAUGGUGGACAUCUUGAAGUAAGCAAAACUUUUCUAAAUAUAAAGUAAACACAUUGAUCAUACAAGACAAAGCUAUUAAGAUAUUAAUGCUUAUACAGCAGCUGAUUUCUUGUGGGAAAAUUUUGGAAGGCAUUCAGUAGUAUUAAAUCACAAUUUUCUGCAUUUUUUCUUUUAAUUUUAUGUAGGACAUUUGCAGAAAAACAUUUUUAUAAUUAACUAUUCAUGUGUUGCUGUUGCCUGCUUAACACUUGCAGUUAUGAUCCUCUGUAUGGGACAUCUGAAUUAUUUGGAAAAUACUGAUGUUGCAAACAGAUCACUAUGAGCUAACUCCCUCUUGUUUUUCUCAGGCAAGUACUUUCAUUGGCUUCAGUAGCUUUGUUCUAUGGGAGGAGAAGGGAUUUGGCCCUCCCUUAGGUAGAGAUUAUGCAGAAGGAGGAAGUGAAUGCUUCAUCCAAUUUCCAGAUAGAUCAGUGGGAUGCAAAUUUUUUUUUGUCUUUCAGAAUUCGUCAUUUCUCUUUGUUGUUCACAUUUCUUGCAUUUAACACACAGGUCUAAUUACCAGAUUCAUAAAAAGACUUAAAGUCCUUAAAAUUUAGUUGCAAAUAAAUAAGAAAAUAAGACUGUAAUUAUUAAUAAAUGUAAAAAACACAUCCCGUGCUGUGAUUUAUCUGUUCCAGAAUUGUGUUUUUUGUAUUUGGAAGUCCCUAGCUAUCAAAAGAUAAACAUGUGAAGUACAACAUAUAAUGUAAAACAAGAAUUGUAGCCAAAUUGAAUCCUUUUCAAAAUAUUUCAUAAGAUGUGCUGAUCUUUAAAAAACAAACCAGGAAAAAAUUAUUUAUUUUUUCUGACAUCUGCACACUUCUGAAUUUGCCUUUCGCCCAGCUUCACCUCUGAUUUAGUUUUUUUACCUAAUUUCAGGGCUGCAUAGGCUUUAUAUAGCCCUGUUGCAUGUGACUAGGGUUCUUCUUGCCCCAGAAUUUGGUCCAACUGAAUGCUUCAUCCCUAUAAGUAUGACAAAUACCAUGAUACUUUAAAGGCACCUCCUCUGGACUGCAUCAUAUUUAAAGCCUACAUUCUGUGACAUCCUUUUCCAGAGUUAAUUAAAAUCCUGUAAUUUUGUUAUGCUAUUUUUCCAUGUGGCAGCUUUGAGUUGUACAGAUGAACAUUAAAUAAGUUAUUUUCUUUGUAGAAAUCUACAUGGUUUUCCUCAUUUCCUCAGUGCACAUUUGACUUCUGUUCUGUUUGGAUCCUGCUCUGACAUGGAAAAAAUCUUGGAAGUGGAAUGAUUUAAAAUAAAAUGGUUUCCUUCUGCGA